UCCCCUCUGCGACAGCAACGAUUAAUAAAACCUGACUCAGCUGGAAGGGCAAGGAAAAAAACAACAAUACAGGACAUUUCUGGAGAUCGUCCUAAUCCAGCAUCGCGGAGCCAAAUGAAUCAGCAGCUCCUUAUUCUGCCGGCAGGAUUAGUCAAUGUUCAUCCCGGCUCCUGGGAAGUGAGGUGUUUGGUCGCUGCAUCUCCCCACGGACUGGAAAACACCAAAUCCCUUGGGGAGCUGAGCUGCGCCCCUCAGCUGUAAAGGACCAGACCACCCCUGGUGCUAUUCCUGGGGCUUUGGAAUGGGGAGAAGCGGCUCCUGGGGGGAAUCCCCGUGGGUGGCCAGGAUGGGCUCGGUGGGAGCCGAGCGCUUCAAGGAGCUGAGCCCGGCGGCGACGCCGGAGGGAAACGUGGUGAUGAGCUUCAGCUUCGACAGCUACCAGCUGGAGGAGGACGAGCUGCAGCGGGGCAGCCAGGCCAAGGGUGUCCUGACCUUCAUGGAGCCAGUUUCUGAGGAGCCCGAGCCUCAGGAUCGAUACCAUGGGAUUUAUUUUGCCAUGCUGCUGGCUGGGGUGGGAUUCCUCCUGCCCUACAACAGCUUUAUCACCGAUGUGGAUUACCUGCACCAUAAAUACCCAGGGACCUCCAUUGUCUUCGACAUGAGCCUCACCUACAUCCUGGUGGCCCUGGUGGCCGUCAUCCUCAACAACGCGCUGGUGGAGCUGCUGAGCUUGCACACCCGGAUCUCCGUGGGCUACCUCUUCGCCCUGGGGCCCCUGCUCUUCGUCAGCAUCUGCGACGUGUGGCUGGAGCUGUUCAGCCGCAGACAAGCCUACGCCAUCAACCUGGUGGCGGUCGGGGUGGUGGCCUUUGGCUGCACAGUGCAGCAAUCCAGCUUCUAUGGCUACACGGGGCUGCUGCCCAAGCGCUACACGCAGGGAGUGAUGACGGGCGAGAGCACCGCCGGGGUCAUCAUCUCGCUCAGCCGCAUCUUCACCAAGCUGCUGCUGUCGGACGAGAAGGAGAACACCGUCAUCUUCUUCUUCAUCUCCAUCGGCAUGGAGCUGACGUGCUUCAUCCUCCACCUGCUGGUGAAGCGCACCCGCUUCGUGCGCUACUACACGGACUGUUCGCGCAAGGGGCUCCCCGAGAGCCGCGGGGCCGCCGGCACCGGCUACCGCGUCCACCACGACGUCACCUCUGAGGAUGUCAGAUUUGAAAAUCGGGAGCAGGGGCAGCCGAGCUCCCCUCGGGGCAGCCCCGGCCCCGAAGCCGAGCUGGCUGGGAGCGGCACCUACGUGCGCUUCGAUGUCCCUCGGCCCAAGAUCAAGAGGAGCUGGCCCAGCUUCCGAGACAUGCUGCUCUACCGCUACGUCGUGUCCCGCCUCAUCUGGGCCUACAUGCUCUCCAUCGCCAUGACCUACUUCAUCACGCUGUGCCUCUUUCCCGGGCUGGAGUCGGAGAUCCACAACUGCACGCUGGGGGAAUGGCUCCCCAUCCUCAUCAUGGCCAUCUUCAACCUCUCUGACUUCGUCGGCAAGAUCCUGGCCGCCCUGCCCUACGACUGGAGAGGGACCCACCUCCUCGUCUACUCCUGCCUCCGCGUGGUCUUCAUCCCCCUCUUCAUCAUGUGCGUCUACCCCAACGGGCAGCCCACCUUCGGCCACCCCGCCUGGCCCUGCAUCUUCUCCCUCCUCAUGGGCAUCACCAACGGCUACUUCGGCAGCGUCCCCAUGAUCCUGGCCGCAGGAAAAGUGAGCCCGGAGCAGCGGGAGCUGGCAGGGAACACCAUGACCGUGUCCUACAUGACGGGCUUGACGCUGGGCUCGGCCGUGGCCUAUUUUGCCUACAGCCUCACCAGUACCUCCCACAGCACCUGUUUCUACACCGAAACCUCCAACGGCUCCUUUACCUCGGGGUACUGAGCCCUGGGGCGGGGCAGUGGGGACAGGAUGGGACCUGCUUCCCACCGUGGUCCCCAGCGCCCCACAGCCCUCCUCAAGGAGGGAGCCUGGAGCCAGAAAUCCACCCCAGCACGGCCAAGGACUGUGGCACAGGGCUGUGGCAUUCCAAAAGCGCCUGUGCAGCCCGGCCAGGCACUGUGCAGGGCCACUGCUUGGGGUGACAUUCCUCCCACCCCCGGGGACAGUUCUUGUUGCUUUUGGGGAUCUCCCCAUCAGCAAUGCGCAGCUCUCCAGUGAAGGCUGGGGAUCUUCUGUUCGCGCCAAGCCAUUGACAGGAGGAAGAAAAUACUGCCAAAUCCCAAAGGGAAUAGGACCAGCACUGGGGAGGAGGGUGAUGGAGGGCUGGUGAAGAAGAAGAGGAGCAAGAGAGGAAGGAAAUGCUCCUUCAGCCCCUCGGUUGCUCUGGGAAGGUGGAUCUCCACUUCCAUUGAUGGUGCUGCAGGUUUUACCAGGAAUGGCUUGAAAUCACAGUCCCUCCCUGAAUAUGCGAAUCGCUUCUGAUGGUUGGGGAAAAAGAUUUUUUUUUUUUUUGGACUGUGUCUUGUUUUACCCCCGCUAACUGCAACAGAGGCAGGGUCUCGCCUCCCCCCACCCCACACUGUGAAUCUGUCCCAUUGCAAGGGGUAAAGGGGGGGUCCCAAGGCUACAGCACUGCCAGUGCCACCUGCAGGCCACUGCGGAGCUUCAAGAUUUAUUGCCCAGGACACAAGUGAACCUGAUUAAAUAAUUAAAUGUCUUCGCAAC